AAUUCCUGCACUGAUUACGUCACAUUGAUUGUGUAUUUAUACAUGGAGUCCGACUAGGAUUCUUCACACCAGUACACCAGCUGUCCACUAUGAAGUGUUUUCUCUUCGCUGCCUCUCUAAUCAUCGCCAUUGCUGCCACUGAAGGUAGGCGAUACGGCGAGAAAAGAAUUCCUAUAAAGAAAGAAAUCGUUCACGGGCCUAAGAUUGGCGGUGGAAUCAUAACAAAAAAGAAGUCAGGUUUUUUGGACGGAUUUCGUGAAAGAGGAUUCCUUGGCGGAUCAAAGAAAGGACUUGAAAAGCCAAUUAUCAAAGAAAGCAAAAUAAUACCAGGAGAAAAGGGCCUGCUUCCGGAAAAGCCGUUAGUGUGUCCCCCCAGACACUGCCUACAGACACAACAAUUCAUUCCACAAGAAUGCAGAAGACCACAGUUCUUCACACACAAUGGAAUCCAAUGCCCGGACUGUGACAUCGACAUCUGUGUGGGAGGUGGACCAUUAACCCCCGGGGGUGGAGGAGUCUGGGGCGAUGGUCUCGGACCCAGGGGACCUUUCGGACCCAGAGGAACCAUCCCUGGAGAUCUCGGCUGGCAGGGAAGAUUUGGUUCAGAUAUUCCUUUGGUUCCCGGUGGAAUUGAUUCUCAGAUCAACGGAGGACUGUUCCCAGAUCAACAGUUCGGUGGGCGGUUCGGUCAGGGUGGGCGGUUUGGUCAGGGAGGUUUAAAUGGAGAUUUGGGCGGAUUCGAUCAGUUCGGUAUUCAAAAUGGCGGACAGUUCGGACCCUCAUUUAACAAUGGUAGAAAUGGACUUGUUAAUCGUCUCAAUGCAGGUUUCGGAGACUUUGACCCCUCUUGGAACACAGGAAAUGUUGGGGAUUUCGGGAAUUCUUGGAAUGACAAUACUCUACCUCUAAACAGGCGGUCUAGUUUUGUCUAACUUAUUGAAAACUGUGAUAUUUAUAUUUGCUUGUUUGUAUAAAAUGCACAUGAAAUCCCUUUAUAAUAAAAUAUUGAUGAUCUAA